UUACUGCACAAAAAGAAAAGUGGGUGAAACCACACUUAUAGAGAGAGAAAGUUCGUGGAAGCAACCUUCACACCGUUCAUCAAUAUUCCACUGAUACUGACACCCACACGCUCAUCCAUUUCCACUCAUUCACUCUCUCUCAAUCAACCUCUUCGAGGAUAAGAAUUCAUGGGUGGAUCACAUUCGAAACGAAGGGGCUCUAGAAGCUCUAGGCAGCGUUCUUCAUCAUCUUCAAGGUCAAAUCCUAUGUUUCCUCAAUAUCAAUCUCCUUAUUUGCCACAACCACAGGAUCAUGGAACAAUGGGGUAUAAUUAUGGAGUUCAACCUCCACCUCAAAGCUAUGGUGGUAGUGUUGCUCAUGCUCCUCAACAAAGUAAGAGUUCGGAUAAAAAGUUUACAAGGAUUGGUGAUAAUUAUAGUAGUUUGGAACAGGUAACUGAGGCUCUAGCAAGUGCUGGCCUAGAGUCUUCUAAUCUCAUUGUUGGUAUUGAUUUUACGAAAAGCAAUGAGUGGACAGGCGCAAGGUCAUUUCAAAGGAGAUGCCUUCAUCAUAUCGGGAAUGAACAAAAUCCGUAUGAACAAGCUAUAUCUAUCAUUGGGAAAACACUGUCCUCCUUUGAUGAGGAUAACUUGAUUCCUUGUUUUGGAUUCGGAGAUGCUUCAACACAUGACCAAGAAGUUUUUAGUUUCAAUGCCGAGGAUAGAUUUUGUCAUGGGUUUGAAGAAGUUUUGUCACGUUAUAGGGAAUUGGUCCCUCAAUUAAGGCUUGCAGGACCCACGUCAUUUGCUCCGGUCAUUGAGAUGGCAAUCACCAUAGUUGAGCAAAGUGAAGGCCAAUACCAUGUUUUAUUGAUUAUAGCUGAUGGGCAGGUAACAAGAAGUGUUGACACAGAGCGUGGGCAAUUGAGUACACAAGAAAGAAAAACUGUAGAAGCAAUUGUGAAAGCUAGUGAAUAUCCCCUGUCAAUUAUACUAGUCGGAGUUGGAGACGGGCCAUGGGACAUGAUGAAAGAAUUUGACGAUAACAUACCUGCUCGAGCAUUUGAUAAUUUCCAGUUUGUGAAUUUCACCGAAAUAAUGUCAAAGAAUAUGGAUCGGUCUAGAAAGGAAGCCGAGUUUGCACUUUCUGCGUUAAUGGAAAUACCUUCGCAGUACAAGGCAACACUAGAACUUAAUAUAUUGAGCAAUCGUAGAAGGAAUGAUAUACAUAGGAUUCCUCUACCACCACCUCAAUAUGGCACAUCAUCUUUCAACACCCCAAAAUCUUCCAUUCAAAAUAAUUUUCGCCCCAGCGCACCAUCUCACAGUCACAACAAACCCAGUGUUGGCGUGAACCCCCAUGCAAGUUCUGCUUCUGAUAAUCAGUUUUGUCCCAUUUGCCUUUCCAAUCCAAAGGAUAUGGCCUUUGGUUGCGGACAUCAGACAUGCUGCGAGUGCGGUCAAGAUCUUGAGCUAUGCCCCAUUUGCAGGAGUAGCAUUAAUACUAGAAUAAAGCUUUAUUAGAUUAUAUCUCUGAAAACAUGUGCAGGGUUUUUGGUGUUGAAGUAUAUGAAACCUAGCAAGUUUCUUGAUGACCAGAGAGGGAAGUGUAAAUAGUUUUGGCAUUACAUACUCAAGUCUGUGCUUUGAGCGCAUUUUAUAUUACUGUUCUCCAUUGAUAUAUUUAUUUUUUGGAAAUUCAUCAAUAUAAUUUUGCAUGCUUAAUUUUUAUAAGUAUUAGGGUGGUUUUGAAGAGGAAAAUCAUCCCAAUUAAUCUAUUGCUUUUCCUUAUUUUAUCUGGCAAUCAGUUUUGUUAUAAACUUCAAUUAAUUCAAUCUUUAGUGGUUUGGAUUUGGAUAUUGUUAAAGGAGCCAAAGAUGCUGGAAGAUAACACCACCAAGCAUGUACCAACUCGUCGCUCGGAACCUUCGGUUAUGACAGUUAGAGCUGUUGUGCCAGCUCAGAUUCAGUUAGGUAGAUAGGAUCCAGUGUAUGAGUUUCAUGAGCAUACGAGUUUCCUCUCCUUUCAUCGAGUUUUCCUAUUUCUAAAUUCUUCUAAUAGGGUAAAACACAUCACUCAUCCCUACAUGAGUGUGGAGUUAAGCAUACACAACUUAAACUUAAUGAUGGAGUUGAGCUAGGCCUGUUCUGCAUGUCAAAGCAUAGCAGAGGUUGUGUGGCAUAGAUCCAUUUGCAGUUCGGUCAUACUGCAAAUACCUUCUUGCCAUUGGAAAGAGACCGGUUGAAGAAAAGAGAGGAAAAUAAAUUUGAUCAAAGGAUCGCUGCUGUUGAGAUGCGCUAUCCUUAUUUUCUAAUAACCCUUGCGAGUUUUGCACAGAAGUGUUCAUCAAU